AUGCCGUCGACACCGAAGAGGACCAGCAAAAUUCCUCGACCGGGGGCAAUAUCACCCCGUGUCAGUCAAGGAAGCAAAAGCCCUCUAGGCAGUGGGAGCUUCCAAGAAAAUAAAAGCCCUCAACCACCAGUCGAAACUCUUAUACCUGCCCCUACUCACGAUGAGUUUCCAUUUGUCUCUGGGUUGACACAAGGGCUGGAGAAUUGCGACUGGGAACAACUCCAAGGGAAAUAUGCCGAUGCAAUGGAGGAACAUGGCCGAGUCGAAGAGAAUCUUCGAAUUGAAACAGCCAAGCUUCUUGAAGUUUUCAUGGCAUGGUCUCAAACCACCGUUUCGCAAGAUGAGAAUAGGGCUUUGAAAAGGUUCGACCAAUCCAGCUUUGGCCUAAGGUAUCGAUGA